AUGUCUGUUACGAGCGACACUACACAAAACUCGGAGGCGGAGACACUUUUCACCAGCAGCAUUACAUCGACCAUGCUGGCGCAUGGUCUUCAAGCAGAUUUUUCCGAGACGAAUAUCUCGUCGUUGAACACCUCCGUUGGGAAGCUCGAAGACGGAGUGGCUUCGCUAGACAAAGGGCUCGGACGUGUUGAGAGAUCCAUCUCUCACUUGGAGGAUUCAAUGGGAAGCAUGCAGGAUCAGAUUCAGAGUAUCCCGGCGCUGAUCGAGGACCAUCUUUGCAGUUUCAAGGUGGAAGCACCACCUGUAGCUGACGUUACCAUCACGAGGCGACUCGACAAGCUGGAGAGCCAAUUCAUAGUAGCUCAGGAUAAAGCUGAGAGCCUUCAUGAUCGACAUCCCGCCGACAACACUAGUGUUUUGGAAGAGCGUUUAAACAUGCUGGAGCAGCGCAUGGGCGGUCUGCUCCCUCAAGUUGAAGGGUGGAUCGCAACCUCUAAGCGAUUGGAUACGAUAGAAAACAUAAAUACCAUGAUGCAAGCGGAUCAGCAGAACCUCACGCAAAUACUUAUGGGUCUUCAAGAUGAGUUACACGAGGUUGCCAUGGACCCCGCCCUCAUUAUAGCGGACUCGGUGGCGGCGGGUCAGGAGCUGGCCAGCCAAUUUGGCACACUCGGCGCUCUCGUUGGUAGUCCUGUGACCCCUACCUCCGCCCAGCUUAGGCACAUGGUGCAGCCUGUUCCGCGCAUCCAGACCAGUCGGAUUCCCAGAGCACCCCCUCGCAACCAUACGUUAUCAUUAAUACGGAUUUUACCUGUCUAUGCCUUUCUCCUAACGUGUGUUGUUUCGCUUGCAUAUUUCAAGCUUGGUCCUUUGUAUCAUGAUGAUCCCUCUCUACACCUUAGAUCUGUUGAGGAUGCUCGCAUUCGCAGUAAUUAUAGACCAUCAGUGUUUUAA